CAUGUGGAGGAGACGCAUCCAUUUACCUCUCUCCUCAUCGGAUUUGCUAUCAAAUUUCAACCUCCAAAUGCUAAUCCUCUUUCUCUACUAUUUACAACUGCUUGCUACGUAUUUUAUACCACUUGUUAUCACUACUCUUCAUUCUCUCUGUUCUUUCUCUUCCCGCCCAAGAUGGAGAUCACUAACGUGACCGAGUAUCAAGCUCUCGCCAAGCAGAAACUGCCGAAAAUGGCGUACGACUACUAUGCAUCCGGCGCGGAAGAUGAAUGGACUCUGAACGAGAACAGAUCUGCUUUUUCCAAAAUCCUGUUUCGUCCACGUAUUCUUAUUGAUGUAAGUAAGAUAGACAUGUCUACUACUGUUUUGGGAUACAAGAUAUCCAUGCCUAUCAUGAUUGCUCCAACUGCCUUUCAAAAGAUGGCUCAUCCUGAAGGAGAAUAUGCAACAGCUAGGGCUGCUUCUGCUGCUGGAACUGCUAUGACAUUGUCUUCAUGGGCCACUUCAAGCGUUGAAGAAGUCGCUUCUACUGGACCUGGAUUGAGAUUUUUUCAACUCUAUGUGUAUAAAGACAGGAAUGUGGUUGCCCAGCUUGUGAGAAGAGCUGAAAAGGCUGGCUUCAAAGCUAUAGCCCUCACUGUUGACACUCCAAUACUUGGCCGCAGAGAGGCUGACAUCAAGAACAGAUUCACUUUACCUCCAUUCUUGACAUUGAAAAAUUUCGAAGGUCUCAACCUUGGAAAGAUGGAUAAAGCUAAUGACUCUGGAUUAGCUUCAUAUGUUGCUGGUCAAAUCGACCGAACUCUGAGCUGGAAGGAUGUGAAGUGGCUUCAGACAAUUACCUCACUUCCUAUUCUAGUGAAGGGCGUUCUUACAGCUGAGGAUGCAAGGAUUGCUGUACAAAGUGGUGCAGCGGGUAUCAUUGUGUCUAACCAUGGUGCUCGCCAACUCGAUUACGUGCCUUCCACUAUCAUGGCUCUAGAAGAAGUAGUGAAAGCCGCUCAGGGACGUAUUCCUGUGUUCUUGGACGGUGGAGUGCGUCGUGGAACCGAUGUUUUCAAAGCCCUGGCUCUUGGAGCGUCUGGCAUAUUUAUUGGAAGGCCAGUUGUGUUCUCAUUGGCGGUUAAUGGAGAAGCUGGUGUUAGUAACGUGCUGAAGAUGCUGAGGGAUGAAUUUGAAUUGACCAUGGCUUUAAGUGGGUGUCGUUCGCUCAAAGAAAUCACUCGCGACCAUAUUAGCACUGAGUGGGACGUUCCUAAACCGAGGUUAUGAGUGAAAAGACAAGUGUAAUUCGUCGUGCUUGUGAAUGGACUUUGAAUAUGUUAUUUUACCAUAUUUGAACGAAGAAGAAAAUAUGUUUACAAGGUUGACAAAAAUGUUUCAUGUGUAAGAAGGAAUACAACAUAUAUACUUGAUGAUGUUGCCUUCUCUUCUUUUUGUACAUAAUCAAUGUCUAUGAAUUACUACUUCACAUUUGAACUAUUUUUAUUG